AAGCUUAAACUAAUUUGAAAUUUUGUUAAGAGUAGUCAUACCUUGCUCCAUUGUGUUCUAUGUAUAGAUAUAAAUUUAACAUAAUACAAAUAAAUAUUAAAUUAAAAACGUCAUUGAUCACUUAUUGAAUUAUAUUAAGUUUAAUAUACAAAUAUUCAAUGACCUUGUGAAAGUGUAAAUUAUUCUUUAAAGAUGUCUCUGUUAACAAAUUUACUUAGUAACACUUUGCAAAAUGCUAAACCCUUUAUAAAUAAUACCAUCACUAAUUUAGUAGUAUGUAUGAGGUAUGCAUCAAAGAAAGCCAGUGGUAGUACAAGAAAUAAACCUUGUCAUACAAGACCAAAACAUAGAGGAUGGAGAGUUCAAGAUGGAUGGUAUGUACAAAAGGGUUGUAUAUUAGCCACUCAACUUAAACCUAGGUUUCACCCAGGGCUUUACGUUGGUUUGGGAAAAAAUGGAACAUUAUAUGCUUUAGAACCUGGAAGAGUAAUGGUUACAUGUGAAAAAAUUAAUCCAAACUUCAAUCGUUCCUGGGCUGUAAAAUACUAUGAAGGUAGAACAGGUAGUGUUAUAUAUAAGAAAUAUUUUAAUGUUAUCCCUAAUAAGCUUCAUGAUAAAUUUGUAUUAAUCGAUACUGUUUAAAAUCACUUAAUUAAAUUUUAUAUCUUUUAUGUAGUAAAGAUAAAUAUAUAAAAUAAUAAAAAAGUAGAGGAAUCCUUGGCUUUUAGUUUUUUUUAUAAAAUUUUAAAAUAUUUAUGGUAAAUGCUAUCCAUUUUCAAGUACUUUACUUUCUGCCCAUUGAAAUGAUUCAUAUAGAAUACAUUCUUGGUCUUUAGAAAAAAAUGCAUAUACUCUUGUUUUUCGAACAUGCCAUGCAAUACGACAUUGAGCUGAAAGUUCAAUUAUUGGAAUUUCUUCAUUUCUGUCUUUGCAAUGAAUUAUAAAUUGUGAAUGAAACAUGAUAGGAUCCCCUGCAAAUUUAGGAACUUGUAAUAACUUCACUUUUGUUUUAAGUAAUAUUUAAAUAAUAAAUAACAUAUUGCAUA